GACACAUAUUCCAUUUACAGCACAUACAUGAGCUCACUGGAAUUCACAGACAGCAGCAUUAUAACAUUAUUCUCUCUCAGUCACGAAGCCUCGCCGCUAUAUUCCGAUAAUUUACCCUGACAGCGCCUCGCACCAAGGCGGCCGCCAUUUUCCCGGAAGUGUGGAAUGAAUGGCAAUGGGCGGGUGCAUUAUGGGAGAAUAGUGUAUCCUAGCAACCAAAACACGCUAAAACCGAGGAUUCUGCCUUCCUCACAGUCUGUGUAACGACAAGCGCCGCUACCGUCUCACAGGAAUGGCUGGAGGCCACACAGAAAUCACCAUAGAGACUAUUGCCAGGAGAAACCUGGAUCCCACCUUACAUCAUGCAACUGGGCAGCAAGUGGAACAGGCACUCCUUCUCCUACACUGCGUCAGGCUGGACCGAGAGAGAAUCACCAAGAUGAGGAGCCUGGAAAGUGUCAGGGAAACACACAGCCUGUACCUGCAACAGAACCUCAUAAAGAAGAUUGAGAACUUGGAUCUGCUACAAAAUCUGCGGUUCCUGAGUCUGUCCGGGAACAGGAUUGAGGAAGUGACAAAUCUCCGUUUCCUGCAGAACUUGCAGCUCCUGGACCUGUCCCACAAUCUGAUCCAGAGACUGAACGAAGGAGAGCUGCCACCAAAACUACUCGCUUUGGAUAUGAGAGAAAAUGGCUGCACCCACACACCUGGUUACAGGCAGAAGGUGAUGGCAGCCCUGCCUCUCCUGCAGGAGUUGGAUGGAGAAAUUGUGGGUAUCAAGCAAAGCCAGGAAUUAGCAUUAGAAUCUGAGGAAGAGGACGAAUCCGAUACCGAUGACACCAGCCUAUCAUAUACAGACUCCGGUAUUACAUCACAAAAGCAGUCUCUCCUCUGUGCGCCAAGACAUACUGGAGCGAUCACAGCACAGGAAAGAGAGAGCACUGACAGAACACAGAGAGCGCUUAGGGGAACUGAAUGAGGAUAAAGAUUUCCUUGACUUAUCAGAACAAAUCCCAAGGCUCAAUGCAUUAUCUGAACAUGGCUCAUGCACCGCAGAAACCCAAAGUCUGACUAUCAUGAAUAACUGCAAACCUGCAACUGUAUGUGAGGAAAAGGCUCUGAAUUAUGGGGCAACAAAGAACUGUCCAUCGGCUUCAGCUAAAGCAGGUCACAAUGUCCACCUCAAUCAGGAAACCUCUAAAGUCCUGGUUAAGAAAUCCUCCAGUAAAGCUCUACAGCCUGCACGUGGCACAGGGCAAGGCUCAAAGCCUGAUGAAAGAAAGUCCACAUUAGUUCCCAGGAGCACAAAAACUCCCAAACUACCAGCCUCUGCCCCCUCCCCAAAACAGCCUCCAGUUUCUUGUAGCCCAGGUAAACCGAGCAGCAUAAGUGUUUCCUCCCAAUCAUCUCCUAAUAAGAGACCGAUUACAACUGCGCCCUCCUCUGGGAAAGCACGGACUGUAUCCAGCGCAGCUACAUCACAGAAAACCUCCACAAAUCAACCAAAGACUAGACUUAAUCAUAGCGCAGGACAAAAGAAGUGAGACCAUAUUAUUGAAUUCUUUGUUAUUGUUGAUGAUUAAACGAACGUCUUUUAUUUGCUAA